AAAAAAAAAAAAAAAAAACCAAAAGAAAAGAAAACCAGGAAAUGAAUUGGUAUCACAGUGGGGAGAUCAGUUAAGCAAGCUCGACGGAGGAAGCUCACCUGCCGACCAACUCACCACCGACUCUUUCUUGUGUCAAAUCCAGGCCGCUGCUGCGUGGGAGCCAACACGAGGCGAAGCUCUUGACAGAAAAUGGCGAAAGGCCCUCCAAAGCCUAAAAAUUCACGGUCUUCUCCAUCUUCCUCCGCCUCUGCUCACGAACCCAACACGAAAUUGGUGCUCAAAAUAAAGUCAAAUGAAAACCUUAGGAGGUCUGUACGACAGGGUGGAGUUACAGGCCAGAGAAAGAAAGAGUAUAGACCCAAGUCCGCAAUGAUCUCCAAAGCAAAGCAGAAAAAGAUACACAAGAAAUUUGACAAGAAGAAGCCCAAGAAACCGCCAACUGCUUUCUUCUACUUCCUGGAGGACUUUCGUAAAGAAUUUCAAGAGCAGAAUCCAGAUAUCAAGUCAAUGCGUGAUAUUGGCAAGGCAUGUGGGGAGAAAUGGAAAACAAUGACCUAUGAGGAGAAAGUUCAGUAUUAUGAUAUAGCUACUGAGAAAAGGGCAGAGUUUGACAAGGCCAUGGCAGAAUAUAUCAAGCGACAGGAAAGUGGUGAAGAUCAGGAAAGUGAAGAGGACUCGGAGUUUGAUGAAUAGUUAUUAGGUUUUGUUGUAUUAGGGAUGGUAGUUUUAGGACUAGCAGGUAAUUGGUUGAUAAGCUGUAUAUCAUUAUGAUACCCAGUUAGUUUUCCUUUCCGUUGAAACUAUUCAUGUCUAUAUCUGUUUGUGUAAAUGACUGCUUGACAACUGCAGUAAGAUAACUACAAUCAGAUUUGAUUCUUUAACAUAUGAUUAAUCUGAAGCUGAAGAUAAAAACUUCCAUGAA